UUCCAUACAAGAUCACUAUUUGUCAUGGUGAAAGCAAAGAAAGAAUAAUAAAAUAGACAAUGUGACUUUUCUUUCUCUCUUUCUCUCUCUUUUUUAUAUUAUAAAAUGGGUAAAGCAAAAAGGGAUCAACAAAAGAAGACAACACCUUAUAGUCGACCAACAGCAAUAAAGAAGAAGCCAAUAACAAAAGCAGAAAAGCUAAAGAAUAAGAGUAUAACUGAAGAUCUUGACAAGAAUAUUGAUGAAUUGACUCAGCAACUAAAACCGAAAAAGAAGAAGCAGAUUCAAAUUCGUAAUGAUGACAUGGACAAUGAUGAGAAAAUAGAAAGACAACAGCUUGAAUAUGAAAAGACACAAAAUGAUUUAGAUGACGCUCUUAGUCUCUUGACUAGGCUGUAGUAAUAAUAUUAAGAAUAAUAAAGGAGCAGAAGAUAUGAUUUAUUUUCUUUUUUAUUUUCAUGUAAAAAGAGAAAUGAUAUA